UUUACUCAUGAAUCAUGCAACACCAGUAAAAGUCAUACAAGACCUGACCUUAAGCGCUGGGCAAAAAAAUUACCGCGUUGUUUUUGUUAAUGGUGAAAGAAAAUCAAAACAUGGGAUCAUAGAAAUUAAGGCUUUAAAAACAUCUUACUAAGUUAUAAGACAAAAUAUAAAUAUGUUGACGACUUCCGUGUUUAUAAUCGUCGCGAUUCUGUAUCCGUCGAUGGAAGGAAGACAUCUCACGCGACCAAAGAUCAGUCAGCAUAAAGAUCUUAACGAUUACAGUAUGGAUAAAGAAUUUGCGAGGACGACCAAGAAAGCAGAGAUAACAGGCGAGCUAGAAGUUAAUGGGACAAGAUUUGAAAGCAUGGGCUGCUGGCGGGACGCGUGGGCGCGUGCUCUGACGUCACUCGAAGGCGAGCACCCCCUCCUUAUGGACCCAAACUACAAGACAAGGACCUACGCCAUGUUCAAGUGCGCACGCGCAGCGCUCGAUAAGCAUGUGACCAUAUUUGGUCUGGAAAAUGGAGGCCAAUGCUUUGGCACCAAUGAGGGAAGCACGAAGCUGGCAACAUAUGGGCCUUCUAGCGACUGCAGAGUUAAUGGGAAAGGAGGACCUUGGAGUCUACAAGCAUACAGAUUUCUUUCGCGUCCUGCCGCUCAAGACAGCGCGUCCUUGCCCAUGGCAGAUGUCGACACCUCUCCUCUGCUGGACGAGAGUACAGAAGCACCUCCGCGUACGGGCCCCACCAUAACCACACCCGUGAAGGCGGUAGAACCUGCCACAAUCCGCCCUCAAGGCGGCGCCCUGCCCCAGACGCCCGUGAAAGGGAAGCAGAACAAGCGAGUCAGCGAUAACAAGGAAUUCACGCAUGCAAUGCAGGCCAGAAGACCUACUCUUGCUAUGACUACGUUACAGUGGUUGAAGAAAGCGCAGCACGACGCAAUUGAGGCGAAGGUCGCGGCUGAGGCACAAGCUGCAUUUCAUUCCGCGCAAGAUCCUCAUGUACAACUAGAUGAAGAUCACCCACAAGAACACCCGCAUCUCCCCGCCGCACAUCCCGUUAGCACGGGACCCCUUCCGCCCAUUCAUCCAUCACAACAUCGACCUCAGGAGCACCCUCAUCUUCCAGCUGCAGCAGGUAGAGGGGCGACAGUAAAGCUUACAGGGCUGCAAAACCGUCAACAGCAGUUGCAACAGAUACAGGAACAACUUCAGCGGCGCAAGCAACUACAAAAAAUGCAAGAAGAAUUGAAACAUCGCAAGUUACUCCAGGAACAGGAAGAACUGAAACAUCGUAAGUUACUCCAGGAACAAGAAGAACUAAAACAUCGCAAGUUUCUCCAGGAACAGGAAGAGUUGAAACAUCGCAAGUUGCUCCAGGAAAAAGAAGACGAGAUCAAGCACCGUAAACUAAUCCAACAACAAGAAGAACUCAAACAGCGCGAACUGCUUAAACAGCAAGAGGUAAAAAAACAGCAAAAGCUACUCAAACAACAAGAACGUCUGAAACAGCAAGAGGAAAUAAGACAUCGCCAGUUGCUUAAAGAACAAGAAGAACUAAAACAUCGCAAACUACUUCAGGAACAACAAAAACUGCAACAUAAAAAACUUCAAGAAGAAAAACUAAAACACCAGAAGCAGGAAGAAGAGCAACAACAGCUACAACACCAUAAGCAGGAAGAAGAACAGCUGAAACAUCAGCAAGAACAGCAACAUAAAACUGCAACGCUAAACAGCCACCAGGAACAUCAACCUGAUAAAUCCCUUCAUGCGCUGCCUGGCACGUUGGACCACCAAGAGUCCACGCAACACUCACAAAAGAGUAAAGACUCUCCCGUCCAUACGAAUAUCAAGCCGUCUGUCAUCGUGAACACGUAUAAUGGUACGAAGACAAGCGCUCGGUCAAACAUAGGUGGGCCGGUGACCCCUAGCAGCGCCAUCCAGAUGGACAUGCCCAUAGCUGAGGAGGUGGUGCCCCCUCCUAAGACGACUGAAGAGAUUUCCGCAGACGACAAGCAGCAAGACGAGUGCUUCUGCCCAAACAAAGUUUGUGAUGCUAACGCUGACCUGGCUUUUGUAAUCGACGGCUCAUCUGAUAUACCACAGAUGUAUUUCUCACAUGUGCUGGAUUAUCUGAAAGCGCUGGCCCGGGGAUUCAACGCAUCGCAGACUCAGGUCAGCCUGAUGGCGUACGGUGAUGAUGCCACUGCUGCCUUCAACUUUGGCUCCGUCAACACAACGAGCGAGAUCGAUGACGGUAUCGACGCCGUGAGCUAUAUGGGCGGGGAGCCCAAGACCGGUAAUGCCCUGUACAAGGCUAAGAAGGGCCUGUUUGAGGUCUCCAGUAGGCCUGGUGUAAGUCACGCCUUAGUGCUGCUCACCAGUGGCAGCGCAUCGGAUGAGAUAGGGCCGCCAGCGCUGGAGCUCCGUAAUGCCGGUGUUAAGGUUACGGCCAUUGGAUUAGGAAAGCUUGCAAACGUGAAGGAGUUGAUCGAGAUAGCUUCAGAGCCCAAGUCUAGUCACGUGUUUACGGCAUUCCUGGACACGUUACCAGAACGCAUGGAUGAGAUCGUCACUGGUGUUUGUUCAGACGUUAAAGGAAAUUUGAGGGAGCGUAAAGAGCCGUGCUUCUGCUCUGCAAAUAAGCCUGCAAAACAGGACGAGACUCUAGAAUCUUCAGAGCAAGAAAUAAGUGAGAAGAACAAGCCAGCAGAUGACAAGACUGCAAGCGAACCAAAGAAACAAGAGCAUCCUAGCUCUCAAACUGAUACUAAUCAGAAAAAACAGGACGAAGAAUCACCUACAGUGACAGUGACAUCAGAUGGGGAACACACAACAGUGAAGGUCCUCGAUGCUCAAAGCCCUACUCCAAAAGUAACGAUCAAUGGAAAGACAAACGACGGGAAAUCAGCAGAUGGAAACACAAAGUCUCAACAAAACACAACAUACGACAUUACUUCAGUCGACCCCAGCUUGAGCAAUAAGCUGAAGAAUUUAGACCCUCAGAGCAAUGAGGAAGGAAAGAAAACCGAAAACCACACUCAGAUUACAAUUAAUAAGAGCGCUAAACCGCCAGCGACAAACGAUUCCACUGACGGGUCUCAAAUUUCUAUAGCGCAACCUUCCACACCGCUUGUGAAAGAAACGGGUAUGCACAUUACUCCAGUAAACCCUCCUCAGACACCUAAUUCUCAACAGAGUAAGCAGCCUGUAAAUAAGGUGGAAAACCAGGAUAACUCGGCGGAACAAAGCGGCCAUCACACGGAAAAUUCAAACUCGGUUCAACAAACCAAGCCUACCAUUGACAGGACGUCAAACUCUGACUCAAAACUCAGCAAAGCUAGCACUGAUAGUCAAUCUGGUAGCGAGCAGCCAAUAGCAAGUAUUGAGCCUUCUAAGCAGAAUACUCCCCCAGCCAACAAAACAGAGGGCUCUCCUCAACCAGAGAAAGAGAAAUCCGAAACUGGUGUCCCGAAAAAGGACAAUAAAGAUGGAAAUACGGAUAAACCUGCUGGUGAUCUGAUGACUAAUGUGAGUGCGUCGUCGGCGCAUGAAGUAAAUGUAGGCAUAUUGGGAAAGUCAAUUGGCGGGAAAACUAUCGACAAGAAAAAAAAUGAUGACAGUGAUUCUCAUAAUGUGAAAAGUGGCGGAGAAGCCAAGACUGCAGAAGUUAGCCAGAGUACACAAAAGGAUGGUUCGGUUGGAUCCCCGAGUAGCGCAAGCGGAGGAAAGCCUCAGGGUCAGGACCUUGGGCAGGGACAGGAGGGAAGUGAGGAGCAGAAAGUAGCAGAGGAAGAAGCCAAGCCACCUGGAGACGAUCAAAAACAGACACAGGAGCGGCAAGGUCAGACGGAACAGACCCACGGUCCGGAUCCAGGUGAAGUUCAAGGUCAGGAACAAGGUCAGGGUCAGGACCAAAGUCAUGUUCAAGGCCAAGAAGAAGGUCAUAGUCAAGAUCAAGGUCAGGAGGGUACUAACCAAGUGCCACCGCAGGGCGAGAAGACUCCUAUAUCACCGUAUGAUGAGAUAAACCAGCAGCUACAGAAAUUACAAGAGCAGUUGAAAGAAGAGGCUGCCCAACAGCAACGCCAACAACAAGUGCAACAGCAACAGCAACAGUAUCAAGAUACGCAGGUUUUCCCAAAUACCGCCGCAGCAAACAACUGGAACAAAGAGAUGGCACCAGGUUACGGCUACCAAAACCAGCAGUCUUCAAUGUCGUCCAUGCAGAAUAAUUACGGUAACUCCGAUUCCUCUCCGAUGUACAUUCCUGCCGGGUAUGAAGCACCGGAACUAGCCUUGCAGGCUAUGAGUGGUCAGCAGAGUUACCCUACUGUACAGCCAAUCAGCAACCAGGACACGUUCGAACAGACGCCCUCGAUGAGAGACCAGCAGGGGUUCACUGCAGAGCAGGCGCAAGAGCUGGCUGGGAUGGGGGCAAAUGAACAGCAGGAAACUCCCAUAGCAACAGAGAUGCUGAUGAGCAAGCAGCCAAUAUCGAGUAGCGGGCCUACGGUUAAACGCGAAGAUUGCAGUGUGAACCUUGGGGUUGUUCUGGACAGCAAGACAACUGCAUACAGUUCCGAUGAUAACGCCAGAAAAAUGCUGCAAUUUGCCAAAAAAGUGACCCAUCUGUUCCCAGUGUCGCCCGAGGGGAACCGGGUGGGGAUGAUGGUGUACAGUGGCUCACCCAAACUGAAGGUCGUCCACUUUGAUCAUUUUCUAGACCAGGACACCAUGGAUAAGGCGAUUGAUAGCGCGAGCUACCUCAACAUGGAAAUCAAAACAGGAAAAGUUCUAAACUUUGCGCAAGAGCAUCUCUUCUCGCGAGUACCCGCUGGCAAACAGAACGUUUUACUUCUCAUCACGGACGGCGUCUCAUAUGAUGACGUCACGAAGCCGGCUGUUCAGCUCCAGCACAAAGGCGUGGAGAUAUUCUGCGUCGGUGUCGGUGACAAUGUCGUCCGAAAAGAACUUGAAACGAUAGCCUCGUCGCCACAGUCGGAUCACGUGAUCAUGACGUCAUAUAAUAUGUUAGAAGCGACUCUGGAGCAGAUCAAACAGAAAGUUUGUUCAUCAGCGGCCAAAAAAGAGAACACCCAUCGCGCCUCUAAUCGCAUGCCACACGACUGUGACCAAGCCGCUGACAUCGGAUUUCUAAUCGACGGAUCACGGACGAUAGAAGUCAUGGGCAAGGGGAACUUUGGGACCAUCAUAGAGUUUGUAAAAAACGUCACGAAGAUGUUCCCGCUGUCUCGGGAUGCGUUCAGCGUGGGCGCUGUCGUGUACGGUUCCGAACCUUCCCUUGAAAUACCACUAGGAUCGCAUAAUACUUCAAAAGGACUUCUUAAGGCUCUCAGUAAAAUCAAAUACCCCGGAACUGCCACGAAAACCGGAAAGGCCUUGGAGUAUGCUAGACUUAACUUGUUCGGGUCCCGAAACGCCCGUCGGAAAGUUCCGAAGAUACUCGUGGUAUUGACUAAGGGUUCGUCAAGGGAUGAUAUCCGAGAAGCUUCCGAAGAUUUACAUAGGGACGGAGUGCAUGUCGUGUCCGUCGGAAUGGGUCCGGUCAAUGAUCGGAUGGAGCUCGCAAAUAUGGCUUCAUUGCCAAAUAAGGAUAAUAUUGUUGUUUCUGAUUACUCGAAACUGUCGUCCAAUGUAAAUAGACUGCGCGAUAUCAUCUGCAAAGCUACGAGAAAACAAAAGCUCGAUAUAAAGUGAUGAAACCUUAGCUUUAAUCAAAAUAUUUAUAUAUGUACACAUCAUUUUCUUUAUAUUGCAUCGCAUGAAACAAUUUUAUAGAAAAAAGUUCUAUUUUCCAAUGGCGCACGCGUACGACGCACGAAAUUAAAGGAAUGAAAUAUGCACAGAA